AUGCAGCGCAUCUACAUGCACAGCAAUGAGCACUUUGAAGUCUUCACCACUGUCCUUGCUCCUCAAGGGAGGUAUCGAUACAGAGCAGAAGCUGAAACGAUGGUAGUGGUGCACAGCUACAGGCCCCACUGGCCCGACGAGCUGGAGCUGUCUCUGGGUGACGUCAUCCUGGUGCUGCCCAAGCACGAGGAGGAGAGGUGGUUUGGGCGGCUGCAGGACGGCCAGCAGGGCUACUUCCCCGCCUCCUGUGUGAUGGAGCUGAGCCAGGUUGCCCUACGAAGGAGUUUAUCUCUGAGAAGCUCAGCCUGCAACGAUUCAGGUGUAUGCAGUAGACACGGGAAUGGACACAUUCGGCAGGCACUCAGGAGGGGGAGCAGAGGAGUUGGAGGUGGAGGAGUGGUGCUGGAUGGUGGCCAAGGUGAGAACGAGGGCCCCUUCCCGGUGCGGAGGCCCCAGAUCCCUGUGCCACAGCCCGUGGCCUCCCAACCUCAGACACACAGAUCCCCGGGCCUGCUCCGCAGGAUCUUGUCCAAAUGCCGGAAAAAGACUGAAUGCCAGGGCGCUACCAACGGGGCCUUCGAGGGCGACUAAGAGGCCCUCCUCUUUGUCCUGGGUGGCUGGACUGUGUUCACUUUGGUGGGGCUGCGUUGGGGGAGUAUGUGGGUGAACGGAGGUCUUAUAUAUCCUCAUGUGGGCUCUUACUCAUUUCCAUACCUUGUAUUCUUGACUUGGCUGCAUUACUAUAAGCAAGAGUUUGAAUUGUGAGUGUACAAACCUAUCAGUGAUGUCACAGAAUAUGUUUUGCCCAUUAUUUCCGAUGUGUGCCUGGUGUGACAUCACUGAUGGGAGCGUCUCCACAAGUGCAACAUGUUUGAAUGUGCAGAG